CAUAACUUGAUAAGGUUACAUGUAUGGAUAGUGUGGGGAGUCACGCUGUGCAAUGCACGGCCGUCUGGAAGAUAUAAAUAUAAAGAGAUGGAACACGCGCCUAUAUGACCAUCAUCGCUCUUCUUCCUUGCUAACGCCCUGGUAAGACAAAACCUCUGAGCAUCACGCAUGAAUUGAGUCAAACUGACGAUUGAUUUGAGCAAGUAAGCUUUAUAGAGCACGAGGAGAACCCACCGAACACAUCCAUUGACCGACAUCUUGCCGACCCGUCUGGUGAAUACAGCUGUGAUGGCUUCCAGCUCGAUGCAGCCCGAUGCAGCAGAGAACAAAUCGAUUCUAACAUCAGUCAUGACCUUGGAGGGACAUGAACCAUGGAAAUUUCUCUAUGAGGAUGGUGAACAUCACGAGUUCAAAUAUAUUUUGUCCAUUUCCUAUUCUCCUGACGACAAGCAAAUGAUCAGCGGAUCGGGGGAUAAGACGAUUCGGCGAUGGGACCUGCGGGAGGGUAAGGAGAUUGAGGAGGCUCGAGAGGUUUGCGAGAAUGGUAUAGAUGCGGUUGCGGUGUCAAGGGAUGGUCGAUGGGUUGUCACUGCUGGCUAUAGCCUGGGACUCAAAAUGCAUCGAUAUCUCCGCGGACAGCGCGUUGGUAGCGGGUGGGUCAGAGCAUGGAACAGCUUGGAUAUGGAGCUUGGUUCUACUCCUGACAAGGAUGGAGGGCGCAAAUUGCCGGUAUUCUGGACAACAAAAAACAAAUCCAUUGUAGCCGCAUCCAACUGCAUGGAUGAUGACACGACAAUCCACGAAUUUGACGCGUCGACUCUCAAGAUUGUUGGAGCCCCUUUCAAACACACUGAGAAGAUCUUUGGUCUAGCACUCUCAUCUGAUUGUGUUCUUCUCGCCAGCUCUUCCUACCUCAUCAUCAAGCUGUGGGUCUUCGAGUCCCGCCAACUCCUCGCUUCAUUCGACGUCUCGGAAUAUCCUGCGCUUGUCUUCUCACCCAAUUCACGCCAACUAGCUUACACGAUCUUCAAUGACACUAAAAUCUUCAUAUGUGACAUUCCAGCCAACAUCCUUGCUAGCGUUGGACUUGAAGCACAGCCUAGUACCAAUAAAUCUGAUUCACGCCAUGCUGGUCUGCUCAACUCCGAUGCAACACCUCGUCCCGCGCGUCGUAAACCAGUGAUAAUACCUGCCAUGUCUCCCAUUCCUCGACCUUUGCCUGCCAGGGAUCCACAUGCUCGCCUCCGCUUUCUACGCAAGCUCUUUUCUCGUACAGAUGCGGGUCGCAUCGAUGAGCCUAAUCUCCUGGACUUCCCUGCUACAUCGCCCCUACCUCGUCCACUUCCAAAGCACGACGAGAAUUCUCGACGCACACCAGCACCGCCCACCACCCAAUCCUCUGUCAUCAAUACUUUCCCAACCCUCAAAUCUCCCUUAAAUCGACUAUCAAGCUGGUGGCGUGCAUCGCCAACUAUCGUUGAUGUUCCUCUCGCGCCGGCUAAACUGACUCUAGUGUCUACAGUGGUCGGAAACUUUGCAGUUCACAGAAGGUGUUUUGUUUUCGCUAAGAAAUAGUGCAAGGACCUCCCGUGUCCAAACUAGUACAAUCAGAAUAUUAGUACUCAGUACUCAGUACUCAGUAUUCAGUCCCAACACAGAUUCAUCGAAAAUAUCACAUCCUGAUCUUUCAUACGCACUAGGCCGAGUAUAUCACAAAAAAGUGCCAUUCCUAUUUCUAAAUUCUGUGCUCGCCGAAACUGAUGCUCGUGAGGCUCUGCGUGAGGCUCUGC